UGAAUUGCACUUUCAUUCACUUCCGUAUGCUACUCUGGCUUCACAGGGAGGAGACCGACGCCUGGGAAGAACAAGAUUGAUCUCAGGAAUUGUCCAAUGUCAACCAAUCAGGAAGCCCAAUCAGAUGAACUGCUGGCUCUGGCAAGCAUAUACGAUGACGAAGAGUUUCACAGGACAGAAUCAAGUCAGAAGGGUGAGAUCCAUCUGUGCCUCGAGCUUCCUCCUGACUUCAGACUGCUGAUCAAUGGGCACACACCUGUAGAGGUGGAUGUUUCCUUUUUGCCGCCCUUGGUUCUGAGUUUUGAACUACCUACAGACUAUCCUUCAUCAUCUGCUCCAGUCUUUACUCUGAGCUCCAUUUGGCUUUCAAGAGUCCAGAUCGCAACACUUUGCAAGAGACUGGAUGAACUUUGGGAAGAGAACAGGGGCAGUGUGGUUCUUUUUACCUGGAUCCAGUUCCUAAAGGAAGAGACUCUGCAGUUUCUGAACAUCCAGUCUCCACUUGAGAUCCAAACCAACGGUGUCCAGCCUGAGUGUGAAUCUGCUGAGUGUCAAGCAGCAGCUGCUGCUGUAGAAGAGCUGGACCAGCGAGCAGUUCAAGUAGCUGAUCCUCACAGUGAUAUAUUAACCCAGCUGCUGGAUUUUAAUGAAGCUCAGAAGAAGAAGGUGUUUGAGGCCACAGUUUUUAACUGUGGAAUUUGCUUUACUGAGAACCUGGGCUCCAGCUUUGUGCUCUUCAAUGAGUGUCAGCAUGUGUACUGCAAGACCUGCGUUAGGGAUUACUUCGAGAUCCAGAUUAAAGACGGCAAAGUCCAGCUUCUUUCCUGUCCUGAGCCAGAGUGCACCUCCCCGGCUACUCCUGCACAGGUGAAACUUCUCGUGAGCCAAGAAGAUUUUGCCCGCUAUGAUCGGCUCCUCCUGCAAUGGAGUCUUAACCUAAUGACUGAUGUGGUUUAUUGCCCUCGCAAGAGCUGCAGCAUGGCUGUGAUGGUUGAGCCUGACCGGACCAUGGGCAUCUGCCCCUCAUGCCAAUUUGUUUUCUGCACCCUCUGCAAUCGACUAUACCACGCCCUCUCUCUCUGCACAAAAAUAGAAGAAGAGAACGUACAACGUGUAUCACAAAGAAGAAUGGCAAGAAACAGAAAAAAGAUAAAAAGUGGAUUAAAGAAAACACUAAACAGUGUCCAAGCUGUGGCGCUAACAUACAGAAAGAUAUGGGCUGCAACAAGAUGGCCUGCAGCUUCUGUCAGCAGUAUUUCUGCUGGAUCUGCGUUUCACCUCUCCAGACAAAUGACCCUUACAGCCACUUCAGAGACGAGAACUCUCGGUGCAAGUUAACGUCUUAGGGCGUACUCGCACUAUGUACAGUUGCCUUGAACCGGCCCGAAGUAUGCUUGUCCUCCCUCCCGUCUCCCCAGAUGGCCCGCACUCACAUUACAUUCGCCCGAACACACUUACGUCAUCGAUGAUGCGCUGUUCGGUAAGAAGCGCUCACGCUCAGCUCAGAGGAGAUUUCUUUAGUUAUAUUGUUUUAGUCGUUUGGGAAGCAGUGACACGCAGUCAAAUAUUUCGCCGAACAGAUCAACCACUUUCGACGCUCAUAAACA